UUUAGUUUCAGGUCUUCUUUCUUUCCCUCCUUGUCUUUCUUUACAUAUCAUAUUUACAUAUUGUCUUUUCCACUUUUAAUUCUUUACACAUAGAUUUUCUGAACCUACAGAUUCUCUAGACAAUCAUACUUUCACCAUGGCUGACAAAGGUAAUUCGCUAACGAGAAGAAAAGAGAGAAAAGAAGAAGUGUCUGCUGAAUUGACCAAGGAUGUACAGAAAAUGAAAGAUGGAGGAGAGCGUGCAGCGGAUAACGGAGAAGUCCCUUCAGCUGAGGCGGCAGCCUCUGAUGGUGCAGUAGCUAGCAGUCAGGAUGGAGAUCUUCAGGUUGAGCCAAUGGAACUACCUCCAUUUGAAAUCAUCCAAGGGGACCGGAUUGAUCCUUUCGCAUUUAAGUUCCAGUUCAAGAACGUGGAAUACUCCUCGGGACGCAACAAGACCUUCCUGUGUUACCUGGUAGAUUUGGGGAACACAGCUGAUGGGCUACUGAGGGGCUAUUUGGAGGAUGAGCAUACGGGGUCGCAUGCUGAGGAGGCCUUCUUCAUACAUUGCAUCCCCAACUACGAUCCUUCACUCAGAUACACAAUCACCUGGUAUGUGUCUUCCAGUCCAUGCUCUGCUUGUGCAGCAAAGAUAGCUGAAGUGUUGAAGGCCAGGAAAAACAUCAAGCUGAGCAUCUUUGCUGCUCGGCUGUUUGAGUGGGAGGAAACAGAGAUCCAGGCCGGACUGAAGGCCAUGCACGCUGCUGGCUGUAAGCUGAGAGUGAUGAAGCCUCUAGACUUCUCCUACACCUGGGAUACAUUUGUGGAGAAUGAAGAAGAACCUCUGAACCUGUGGGAGGACUGCAAAGAAAACUAUGAGUACUACCAGGAGAAGCUGGCUGACAUUCUACAGUGACCACAGAAUCCGGUUGGGAAGGUGUGCACCCUCGAUCAACAUCAUCACUUCUUUACAAAUGAUUCAUGUUGACAUUCAUAUUAUUGUUGAUGAUUGAUAGUGACACUGAUUCAAAGUGCAGAUGGAUCUGUGAGAGUAGAAGCUCAGUGUGUAUGAGUGUGUUCUCUUUGUGUGUUUAUCAAUGCUGUGAUCAGAUCUCAUGUGUCAUGGUGAAAAACCCUCCGAACCACAUCUGAUAGUAAACCCUCACAUCUGGUGUCCUCUGGGGUUGUCCAGGGCCCCGUUCCUCGUACGUGGUUCAGCUAAGUCGAUCAAAUGUCCUAUUAGCCAGCCUAAAUUAACCAGAUGAUUGAUGUCAGGCUAUCUCGGUUUCUCCAAGGCUGAUCCACUCAAACAGUCUCUUUAAUUUGAACCAGAUGAUCAGGAUCAGGAUAAUUGCGCGUGCCCGUCCUACUUCAAAAGGGGGAAGCGUUGAUCACCGA